UCGUUAAGUACUAGCACUUGUACUCUAUGCACUGCUAGCUCGCUGUGAAUCAUGUCUACCGACCCCUCCCGUCCCCUCGUUCAGAUCGCCUCAUACAACACGAACCUGCAGGCCGAGCGCGGCCUACCGCAGGACCUCGUCGACUGGCUCGCGCCCACCCUCCAGGUCUCGUCGUUCCUCGCGCGCGAGCGCCGCGCCCCGGAUAUCGUUGCAGUCGGCUUUCAGGAGCUGCUGCCCCUUCAUCUUGGCUUGGCUGGCCUGUCCAAGCCAGUGAUAGAAAGCCGCAACGCGCUCGUCCUCUCGCAGAUUGAAGAGCAUGCGCCAAACAAGGAGCGGUACACGCUCAUCGCGAAGGUCGUGAACGUCGGCGUCGCGCUCCUCGUAUACGGGCUGGACAACGGGAUUGGGAGGAAGGCGGUCGACGUGCAGACGCAGUGGACGGGCUGCGGGCCCGCGCAUAUGGGCAACAAGGGCGCGGUGGGCGUACGCUUUCGUGUCCCCGGCGAAGACGGCGGUGUUGGGGAGGUCUACACCUUCGUCUGCGCGCACCUCACCGCGCACGCGCACAAGAACGCACACCGCAUACAUGACUAUCAUUACAUCGUCAGCACGCUGCUCUUUCCCCCGCUCCCUGGUGCGGACUCGAAGGCACCCACUACCAUAUUCUCAACCUCGCACUUGUUCUUCUUUGGGGACCUCAACUUCCGCCUGUCCCUGCCUGCGGACCACGACCUCGCCGCAGCGGACCAGCAACUGAACCUGGUGGCAUCCCUGUCUACUGACGAUGGACGCUCAGCUCUCAGAGAGUAUGACCAGCUCGUCAUUGAGCGUGACAUGAAGGGCACGAUCUUCCAGAGCUUCCGGGAAGGCGAGUUCUGGAGGUUCAAGUGUAGCUACAAGUACCAUCUCGGCGAGGUUGACAGAUACGACUCCAAGCGAGUUCCUGCAUGGACAGACCGUGUCAUGUACACCACUUACUCGGAUUCACCGGAAACUCCACAAGAGUCUAGCAUCACGAAUGUAUUGUAUACCACUGUGCCAUCAUAUACCACUUCCGAUCACAAACCUAUCGUCGCGGUACUACUACUCCCACCACCUGCGCCCACAACGACCACCGUUCCUGUCAUCCGCCUGCCCGAAGGAUACCACCCCACUCCCGACCCAUGGGCCAACCUGAAGAAGUACAGCGGUCGCGUCCUCGACCGCAUCAUCGGAUACACCUGGUGGCUACUGACCUUGCUCGGUGCCGGCCAUCUCGCCCUCGGGAUCGCAAACUUCAUUCUCAGUAUUGGGGUGUGGCGUUGGUGGAGGAGCAGGAAUGGCGACGGGUAUACCCAGCUGCCUUGA